AUGGUGGAUGAAACGGUCAAAGCUGCACUUCUGGAGGACUGGGGCCGUGCCGGUGAUAUCACCAGCCAGGCAACCUUGCCCAAGCAUGCACGUGCACGCGCCGUCAUCGCCGCGCGCAAACCUGGUGUUCUGGCCGGACUGGGAUUUGCCGAAAGUGCUUGCCGCCAAACCGAUGCAACACUUUCCUUCUUGCCUCUCAAGCAGGAUGGAGAGCGCCUCGCCCCGAACGAUCAGGUUGCCAGGAUCGAAGGACCGGCGCGGGCUUUGCUUUCUGCCGAACGCGUUGCGCUGAAUUUCCUGGGACAUUUGUCGGGCAUCGCCACUGCAACGUCACGCUUUGCAGAUCAGAUUGCGCAUACCAAGGCGAAAAUUGUCUGUACGCGCAAGACCACGCCGGGUUUGAGGGCGUUCGAGAAAUAUGCGGUCAAAUGUGGUGGCGGCGCCAACCACCGGUUUGGUCUUGAUGACGCGAUCCUGAUCAAGGACAAUCAUAUUGCGGUUGCCGGCGGUGUUUCAAAGGCCAUCGAUGCGGCCAGGGCAUUUGCCGGACAUCUGGUGAAGAUCGAGGUGGAAGUCGAUACGCUCGACCAGCUUCGCGAAGCACUUCAAGCUGGGCCGGAUGUGGUGAUGCUCGACAACAUGAGCCCUGAAACGCUUCAACGCGCCGUCGAGAUUGCAGCCGGCAAGGUCAUUUUGGAAGCGUCCGGUGGCAUUGAGCUGGAUACGGUCAAGGCCGUGGCAGAAGCAGGUGUGGAUCUGAUUUCAUCAGGUUGGAUCACCCAUUCUUCCCCCGUACUGGAUCUCGGGCUCGAUAUCGAGAUCGCCUGA